AUGCGUCACCUCUGUGUUGUUGUUUGUGGCGGUAAGAUGGCGGCGCUCGGAGACACCUCAGCUCCGGGGGUGAACGGGUUAAUACAACAAUUCACUGCAAUAACAGGGGCCACAGAGAGUGUAGGAAAACAUAUGCUUGAAGCAUGCAACAACAACCUGGAGAUGGCGGUGACCAUGUUUCUGGAUGGAGGUGGGAUAGCAGAGGAGCCCAGCACCAGCUCCAGUUCAGCAGCAUCAAGCAGCAGAGCUCCCCCAACAGAUGAAGUGCGAGCACCUAUUCCCCAAAAGCAGGACAUACUGGUGGAACCAGAACCAUUAUUUGGAGUGCCAAAGCGAAGACGGCCUGCUCGAUCAAUAUUUGAUGGUUUCAGAGAUUUCCAAACAGAAACAAUCCGACAGGAACAGGAGCUGCGUAACGGUGGAACAGUGGAUAAGAAACUGAGCACCCUGGCAGACCUUUUCCGUCCCCCCAUUGAGCUCAUGCACAAAGGCAGCUUUGAGACGGCUAAAGACUGUGGACAGCUUGAAAACAAGUGGCUAAUGAUCAACAUUCAGAACGUCCAGGACUUUGCUUGUCAGUGCCUGAACAGAGAUGUGUGGAGUAAUGAUGCUGUGAAGACCAUCAUCAGAGAACAUUUUAUAUUCUGGCAGGUAUAUCAUGACAGUGAAGAAGGACAAAGAUACAUUCAAUUCUACAAGCUGAACAAGUUUCCCUACAUUUCCAUCCUAGAUCCACGCACAGGUCAAAAAAUGGUGGAGUGGAACCAACUGGAUGUGGCAUCGUUCCUGGAGCAAGCAACCGGUUUCCUGGCAGAGCAUGGGCAGCUCGACGGGCCAUCCUGCCACGCUCCCCCUGCCAAGCGAGCUCGCUCUGAGAGUCUGAUUGAUGCCAGUGAAGACAGCCAGCUGGAGGCAGCGAUCCGAGCCUCCCUACAGGAGACCCACUAUGAGUCUUCAAACGUCCCUGAAGCCCCCGACUCCCCCCGAUCAGAGGACGAGUCAGAUGCUGAGCCCUUCUCUGACAGCGAGGGACCCAUCUCUGUUGAUGGCUCAGACAGUGAAACACCAGCACCCCACGAAGAGAAAAGUUCAGCCAGCAAACACACGCCGGCCCCUUCGGCCACUGCAGUCCAGCAGCGUCUUCAUCCUGAUAGUUCCACUUCUUCCCACAGAAAGUCUCCGUACAAAGAAAACAAUCACAGUCACAAAAAAGAGGAAAGCAAAAAGAACCACCUGGAGCCAUCGGCUGCAGGUGCUCGUCAUCCCGUUGCAGACUCUGGUGGGAGCCGCAGCACGACACAAACCGAAAGUGCUGGAACCUCCAAGAUCAGCACCACCACAUCCUGUGACAUGGACUGUCCUGACGACAACGGCCCCAAAGCCAGGUUGAUGCUACGUUACCCAGACGGACAGAGAGAACAGAUUUCCUUGUCUUCUAAAGCAAAACUUUUGGCCCUGGUAAGACAUGUCCAGUCCAAGGGUUACCCUAAUGAACGCUUUGAACUCGUCACCAACUUUCCCAGAAGGAAGCUUGCUCACUUGGACUAUGACAUCACACUGCAAGAAGCAGGCCUUUGUCCACAGGAGACUGUAUUUGUACAGGAGAGGAACUAGCCUUCCCAGACACAAUUGUUUUCUGCUUGUCCGUAUCUUCUAGUAGACCACACCAUUUCACCAAUGACCUGGGACGAUGGUACAGGCCUUGAUCUCAUAACUGUCUUUUCCGGAAGUAGGCUCCAUUAUUUUUUGCUAUAACAGCUGUUUGUGGAUGGACGUCUUUCACCACUACCCCACUAGUAUCAUUACUGAUGUGUCCACUGACGGUCUAAUCUCUUUGUAGUGGUCUACACUUGGCCAGUAAGGUGUCAACACUCUAGAUUUUUUUUUAAAUAAAAUCUAUUUUGUUCUGAUGCAGCUCAAAGAACACACACAAAUAACAGAUCACAUAUUGACUGUGGCCCACCAGGGACUUGUACAAAAAUACUUUUACCUCCUGCAAAGGACAUAAAAUGUCUUGAGUUUAUUUUCUAGUUCUUAUUUUUCUCUACAUGGGACAAGUAAAGGGAGGCUCAUUCUUGUUUUUUUUUUUUUGUUUGUUUUUUGUUUUUUUGUUUUGUUUUAGUUUAUUUUUUUGUUUUUUUGCUGUCUUUGUUUGAACAGCUGUAAUUAAUUGGAAGGCAGGAGUGCUUAAAAAAAACGGUCCAACAAUUCCAAGUCAAGAAAAUAUGUGUUUUGAUACAGCAGGGAAUGAAUGAAAGGGGGUACAUCUCAUCAGUCGGACCUACACUGUACAGAGACAGUUUAGAGAGACUGAUAUUUAGCUGUAGUCAUUGUUUCCUUCUUUUUUAUAAAUGCUGCCAAGAAAAAAACGCUGAUGAUGAAAUAUAACCACCAAAAACCAAGAGAUUCUGCUUGGUCUUUUAUUAUUUUUCAAAGGUUUUUGUUUUUAAAUGAAUGAUUAAAAAUCAGAAACUCUGCCAGAACAAAUUCUGAAAAAAAAGUUUCAGUAGGUAACUGGAAAAAAAAAAGUAAUGCCACAGAUUACAAGGCA